ACAUCAUUGGGACGACAUCGCUUGCCAACGACCUUCCUUGCACAUAUCCGUAUAUUCUUUCUUUAAUAUUUAUCAUUCCUUUAUGCUCAUCAGCCGCGCCUUAAUGCGCUCGAUGCACUCCCAUCUGUCCUCUUCGUUCCUUCUAGUAUACAGCCCCACGCUCACUGAUGUAAUACCACCCAACGUACUUACUUUACAUGCAUCGGUACCACUACUCAGUACUGUAAUAUAUCCCUCAUCGUGUUACAACACUCGUAAUACCAAAUGUCAAACUGCGUUUGCACCCAAAGUUCAAUUUAAAUUUUUAUGCGAACCCCCCUAACGCGAAGCGCAGUAGUUCGUAACGAGUCGAGUCAAACUCGGCUGCGUGACACUUCCACUCGGCGCGCAUCACCC